AUGGAGAAGUACGAGCUGGUGAAAGACAUAGGUGCUGGGAAUUUUGGAGUCGCCAGGCUCAUGAAGGUCAAAAACUCUAAGGAACUUGUUGCCAUGAAGUACAUCGAGCGUGGUCCAAAGAUUGAUGAGAACGUGGCAAGAGAGAUCAUAAAUCACAGAUCGCUUCGUCAUCCUAACAUUAUCCGGUUUAAGGAGGUGGUGUUGACUCCAACCCAUCUUGCCAUUGCCAUGGAAUAUGCGGCUGGUGGUGAACUAUUCGAGCGUAUAUGUAGUGCUGGAAGAUUCAGUGAGGAUGAGGCGAGAUACUUCUUCCAACAGCUUAUAUCAGGUGUUAGCUAUUGCCAUGCUAUGCAAAUAUGCCAUAGAGAUCUGAAGCUCGAGAAUACGCUCCUGGAUGGAAGUCCUGCUCCACGCCUGAAGAUCUGUGAUUUUGGUUAUUCCAAGUCCUCUCUGUUGCACUCUAGGCCCAAAUCAACAGUUGGAACUCCAGCCUAUAUUGCACCUGAGGUCCUUUCUCGCAGAGAGUAUGAUGGCAAGAUGGCUGAUGUGUGGUCUUGUGGUGUGACGCUUUAUGUUAUGCUGGUUGGAGCAUACCCAUUUGAAGACCAAGAAGACCCUAAAAACUUCAGGAAAACAAUACAAAAAAUCAUGGCUGUUCAGUACAAGAUCCCAGACUACGUCCAUAUUUCACAGGAUUGCAAACAUCUCCUUUCCCGUAUAUUUGUCGCCAAUUCACUCAAGAGGAUUACCAUUGCAGAAAUCAAGAAACACCCAUGGUUCCUGAAAAACUUGCCAAGGGAACUCACAGAGACAGCUCAAGCUGCAUAUUUCAGAAAAGAGAACCCGACGUUCUCUCUCCAGACCGUUGAAGAAAUCAUGAAGAUAGUGGAUGACGCCAAGACGCCUCCUCCUGUUUCCCGAUCCGUUGGAGGAGGAGAACGCUCCAUAAUCCUUUACGGCUCAGUCGGUGGUGACCCUUUUAUCCUCUACUUGGCCUCGCCGACUUUCUUCGCCGGAUCAUUUCUAGGGUUUUUAGUUUUCGCUCUUUCUCGGAUCGAUGCGUUGCUUGGACCUGCGAAUACUAGGAGUCAUCUCCCUGAAGUUCAGAAACCUAGAGGUCCUCAAACUAAUUGGUCAGAACAUGGAAAGGCGCUCGAGAGUCCAUUGUCCGCGAAAUUUCUGAGCUCCAAUUUCCUUUAUGCUCUAGAAAGUCAAAAGCCUAGAAGAAACAGAGAUAUGACUGCAAGGUCAAGUGCAUUUCUCAGUGUUAAUGCGCCUGCUUUGGCUCACCCGCAAAUUGCAAAGGCUUGGCGUGCCCUUUCAAGCCUCUCCAUAAAUAAUGCCUACCUAAGACCUGGCAUUACCCCCACUGUUGAUGAUGGUGGCACCAAUGGCUCAUAUUCUGCAAGAGAGAGAUCCACUGUGAAAGUUACAUCUAGCACUGAUGGUUCUUUUUAUUCGAACAGUCGACAAAACCAAAGUCAAAUGAGUGUUUCAGGAGCUGGUGGAUACUUUCACAGCUUCCCUUCCUCUGUCCCUGGUGAUGAUAAAAUGAUUGCUGAUAAGCUUCCACGGGGAAAUGAUGGGGCCAGAGAAUCAGAAACCAGUUGCAUGCGUUUAAAUGGUGGGGAGAAACCAUUCAGGAAUUCUGCAUUCCCAGCUGAGCAGUUGGAAUCUGGAGAAGCAUGUCUUGAUGAGAUUGAUGAUGAUGAAAUACUUAAGAAUAUUGAUGUCGACCAAAUUGUGAUGGAACAUUACCAAUCAACAAGUACUCCUCAACCAUCAGUAUCUGGUUUUCCAUUGAGAACUCCAACUGUGGAUAGAAGUGCUUCCAGAAGAGAAGAAGAGUGUUCUCUGCCUCCUGAAUUAUGUUCCAACUGUAGUCAUGGAAUAAAGCUAGGACUUUGUCCAGAAGCUUCAAGCCAUGUGGAACAAAUGAAGGACGUGCUGCUUGCAAUUUCCAAUGAACUUCUUGACGAUGCUUCUGACUUGAGUCCUGAUCGUGAUGAACAGCUUCGUCAAGAGAGGUUGCAACUGAAGAAGCAAAUUCAGCAGCUCGAGAACCAUAUCCGAGAUAAAGAAAUGCAAAAAUCUCAGUUUUUGUCAUCUACAGCUGCUCGUACUUUCCAGUAUGAAACACCUAAAUCAACAAACCUAAACAUGGAUCAUCCACAAAAUGAUUUUCGAGCACAUUUUAGUGAGCAAGGUAGAUAUGCAUGUGAUAGCUGGAAUAUGCCAAGGGAUUCUUCAUUUUCUGUAGAUAGGUAUGGUCUUUCAUCUGCUCCUAUAGAGAGGGAACAAUAUGUUCCGAAGAUUAUUGAGGUGAACUACACUGAAGGUUCAACUGACAAAAAGUGGAGCAGCCGUGAUUUUACUUGGACAAAAAAAUUGGAGGUUACUAACAAGAAAGUGUUUGGAAAUCAUUCAUUUCGACCUAACCAGAGAGAAAUCAUCAAUGCUACAAUGAGUGGGUCUGAUGUUUUUGUUUUGAUGCCAACCGGAGGAGGGAAGAGUCUGACAUAUCAGCUCCCCGCUCUGAUCUGUCCAGGUAUAACAUUAGUCAUUUCUCCACUAGUGUCACUUAUUCAAGAUCAGAUAAUGAACCUACUGCAGGCCAAUAUACUCGCUGCGUCCCUAAGUUCCGGCAUGGAAUGGGCUGAACAACUGAAGAUCCUUCAGGAGCUGAGUUCCGAGCAUUCUAAAUACAAACUACUAUAUGUCACGCCCGAAAAAGUGGCACAAAGCGACUCUCUUUUGAGGCAUCUAGAAAACUUAAAUUCUCGUAAUUUGCUUGCUCGAUUUGUUAUUGAUGAAGCUCAUUGUGUGAGCCAAUGGGGGCAUGACUUUCGACCAGACUACCAGAGUCUUGGUAUUCUGAAGCAGAAGUUUCCCAACAUUCCCGUCUUAGCUUUAACAGCUACCGCAACAGCCAGUGUGAAAGAAGACGUUGUACAAGCCCUUGGCCUUGUUAACUGUGUUGUGUUCCGGCAGAGUUUCAAUCGCCCAAAUCUAUGGUACUCCGUUGUUCCCAAGACAAAAAAGUGUCUGGAAGAUAUUGACAAAUUUAUCAAGGAAAACCAUUUUGAUGAAUGUGGAAUUAUAUAUUGUCUUUCAAGAAUGGACUGUGAGAAAGUUGCUGAAAGGUUGCAGGAGUUUGGUCAUAAAGCAGCAUUCUACCAUGGCAGUAUUGAGCCUGCUCAGCGUGCCUUAGUACAGAAACGAUGGAGCAAAGACGAAAUAAAUAUAAUAUGUGCUACUGUGGCCUUUGGAAUGGGAAUCAACAAGCCUGAUGUCCGCUUUGUUAUUCAUCACUCGCUCCCGAAGUCUAUAGAAGGCUAUCAUCAGGAAUGCGGUCGUGCUGGCAGGGAUGGUCAGCGGGCAUCUUGUGUUUUGUAUUAUGGCUAUGGAGACUAUAUACGAGUUAAGCAUAUGAUUAGCCAAGGAGGAGUUGAUCAAAGCCCCAUGGCAACUGGUUAUAACCGUGUACCAAGUUCAGGGAGGAUACUUGAAACGAAUACUGAAAACCUUCUCCGCAUGGUUAGGUACUGUGAAAAUGAGGUGGACUGCCGACGUUUCCUACAACUAGUCCAUUUUGGGGAAAAAUUUGACUCCACAAACUGCAAAAAGACGUGUGAUAAUUGUUGCAGUAGCCAGAGUUUGAUUGACAAAGAUGUCACCUUGAUUACGAGGCAACUGGUUGAACUGGUGAAGCAAGCAGGAGAAAGGUUUUCUUCAUCUCACAUUCUUGAAGUCUACAGAGGUUCCUUAAACCAAAUGGUCAAGAAACACAGACAUGAGACUUUGCAGCUCCAUGGAGCUGGAAAACAUUUGUCGAAAAUUGAAGUCUCUCGUAUCGUGCACUAUCUCGUAACAGAGGACAUUCUUGUGGAAGAUGUAAGGAAAAGUGAUAUGUAUGGAUCUGUGUCAUCGUUGCUUAAGGUGAAUAAUUCAAAGGCUGCCUCACUUUUUUCUGGAAGCCAGACAAUAAUGAUGAGAUUCCCUUCUUCUGUAAAAGUAUUAAAGCCGAGUAAACCCGGUGCAACCCCAGCAAAAGGUCCGCUAACAUCGGGGAAGCAAAGUACUCUUCCACUUCCAACAGCAGAUACUCCUCCAGAAGAUGUGACUCUCUCUGCCAACGUGUACACAGCCUUGAGGAAGCUUCGUACGCUUCUUGUCAAAGAAUCCCCUGACGGUGUCAUGGCAUAUCAUAUAUUCGGCAAUGCAACACUUCAGCAGAUGAGCCUGAAAAUUCCAAGAACCAAAGACGAACUCCUCGAGAUACAUGGCCUCGGGAAGGCCAAAGUAAGCAACUUCGGUGAUCGGUUGUUGGAAACAAUUGAAUCAACAGUGAACGAGUACUAUGGACCCAAUAAGAAAGACUCCGUUAUCAGCAAUGUCAGUCCUGAUUCAGCGAAGAGGAGAAGAGACGAGAACGUUAGUCCAAAUGUAGCCGAGGAUGAUGAUUUCGCAGAGAGCACAAGCCAGUCUUGCAAAAAAACUGUGAGAAACAAAAGCAAUGAGGUUUAUCAUGGUGAAUGUGUAGAUAGAGAUGUAGGCAUGGUCACCGAAAAGCUUGAUUUCGGUUUUGAAGAUGAAAAUGGGUCGGAGAUACGACCUGAGGGAAGAGUAUUACCUUGGUGA